GUGCCAGAAGGGAGGGUGAGGUAAAGAGAAUUUGUCUCCUUUGACUCUCUGGGAGGAUCAGGGAAGGAGGGAGGGGAGCCAAAGACUGGGCUGUGAAAGCCAGGACUCCGGGUGAGUGUGUGGCUGCACCACUCAGCACCUGGUCCUCCUCAGACUCCUCCGCCCCUCCCGGGCCCCCUCCUUGGUUACAGGGGCCCCCGCAGGAUGGCCCACGCCAGCUCCUGUAUGCCCUCAGGUCCGCUCUCCCCUUUCUUCGCACCUGGUAGCCCCUCUUCCUCGGGAUCCAUGGUAGUCCAGCCAGGAACUCCAGUCGCCAUGACGCCCACAGCCAAUCAGCUGGGACUGCUAACUGACUUCGGAUCAUCUCCCGGAGCCGGCGGGGGGGCUGCACUCCCGGUACCGUCCACCCCUACUGGGGUCUCCUUCAUCAUCCAGAUUGGGCUGACGAGGGAGUCGGUGCUGUUGCCCCAUUCUGCAGACCUGGCUUAUGUUAAGCAAAUUGCCUGCUCUAUUGUGGACCAGAAGUUCCCAGAAUGUGGAUUCUAUGGAAUCUACGACAAGAUUCUCCUCUUCAAGCAUGACACAGGCACCAACAACAUACUUCAGCUGGUCAAGAGUACGGGCGACAUCCAGGAGGGUGACCUGAUCGAGGUGGUGCUGUCCGCCUCCGCCACGUUCGAGGACUUCCAGAUCCGACCGCACGCCCUCAACGUACACUCCUACCGUGCCCCGGCCUUCUGCGACCACUGCGGCGAGAUGCUGUUCGGCCUGGUGCGGCAGGGCCUGAAAUGUGACGGCUGUGGCCUGAACUACCACAAGCGCUGUGCCUUCAGCAUCCCCAACAACUGCAGCGGAGCGCGGAAGCGGCGGCUCUCCACCACUUCCUUGACCAGCAGCCAGUCGCUACGGCUCUCCACCAGCGAGUCCAUCAGCAGCAGCAGCACGUCAGCCGAAGACAUACGGCUGCUCCGGACCCCCAGCGAGGCACGCCGCCUUUACACGGGGCGUCCGGUCGAACUGGACAAGAUACUGAUGAGCAAAGUGAAGGUGCCGCACACAUUCGCCAUCCACUCCUACACACGGCCCACCGUCUGCCAGCACUGCAAGCGCCUGCUCAGGGGCCUGUUCCGCCAGGGUCUGCAGUGCAAGGACUGCAAGUUCAACUGUCACAAGCGCUGUGCAUAUAAGGUGCCCAAUGAUUGCCUGGGAGAGACCAUUGGAGACAUGCUGAGUCCCAACGUGGACCAGGAGGUCCCCAUGGAGUAUAGCAGUGAGUUUGGUGACCCUGAGAAGUCCUCCUUAAUAGACGAGCCAGACGACGCCUGCAGCAUUCCGGGCUCGUUCUCUCCAAACACCUUCCAAGACAACAGUCAGGGAGAAACCAACGAAGAUCAGAGCACGAUGGGAUACAUUCCCCUCAUGAGGGUGGUCCAGUCCGUACGGCAGACGACCCGCCGCUCCAGUACCGCCAUCAAGGAGGGAUGGAUGGUGCAUUACAGCAACAAAGACACGCUGAGGAAGCGACACUACUGGCGCCUGGACUGUAAGUGCGUCAUCCUCUUCCAGAAUGACACCACCAACAAAUACUACAAGGAAAUCCCUCUUUCUGAGAUCCUGGAGGUGCGUCCUGCGGGAGAUUUCACUCUCAUUCCCCCAGGCAUGAGCCCCCACUGCUUUGAGAUCGUCACUGGCACUAUGAUCUACUUCAUGGGGGAGGAACCCAACCCCUGUCCCUCGCCAGUUCCUGCCAACCACCCGUUCUCCCCCAGCUCCCCCAAUGUCCCGGCCUCCUCUCCAUCCCCCAGCAGUGUUGUGCCAAACAGCGGGGUGGGGAGGGAGGUGGCCAAGGCGUGGGAGAGUGCUAUUCGCCAGGCUCUCAUGCCUGUCAUCUUCCAGGAUGCGCCCAAUGCCCAGGGACACGCCCCCCGUAGGCAGGCGUCCGUCAGCAUAUCCGUCUCCAACAGUCAGAUCCAAGAAAAUGUGGAUAUUGGCAUGGUGUAUCAAAUCUUUGCUGAUGAGGUACUUGGUUCUGGGCAGUUUGGAGUAGUGUAUGGAGGAAAGCACAGGAAGACAGGCCGGGAUGUGGCUGUCAAGGUCAUAGACAAGCUGCGCUUCCCCACCAAGCAGGAGAGCCAGCUGAGGAAUGAGGUCGCCAUCCUGCAGAGUCUGCGUCACCUGGGCAUCGUCAACCUGGAGUGCAUGUUCGAGACCCCAGAGAAAGUGUUUGUGGUCAUGGAGAAGCUGCACGGUGACAUGCUGGAGAUGAUCUUGUCCAGCGAGAAAGGCCGGUUGCCUGAAAGGCUCACAAAAUUCCUCAUCACACAGAUCCUGGCUGCUCUGAGGCACCUGCACUUUAAGAACAUUGUGCACUGCGACCUGAAACCUGAGAAUGUGCUUCUGGCAUCAGCUGAUCCCUUCCCUCAGGUGAAGCUUUGUGACUUUGGUUUUGCCCGGAUCAUUGGCGAGAAGUCGUUUCGACGCUCAGUGGUGGGGACGCCUGCUUACUUAGCCCCCGAAGUGCUGCUCAACCAGGGAUACAACCGCUCCCUGGACAUGUGGUCAGUGGGUGUCAUCAUGUACGUCAGCCUCAGUGGCACGUUCCCCUUCAAUGAGGAUGAGGACAUCAAUGACCAGAUCCACAACGCUGCUUUCAUGUACCCUCCCAACCCCUGGAAGCAUAUCUCACCUGAAGCCAUUGACCUGAUCAACAACCUGCUGCAGGUGAAGAUGAGGAAGCGCUACAGUGUGGAUAAGAGCCUCAGCCACAGUUAUCUGCAGGACUACCAGACGUGGCUGGACCUGCGGGAGCUGGAGACCAAGCUGGCCGAGCGCUACAUCACCCACGAGAGCGACGACAAUCGCUGGCAGCAGUACGCCCAGCAGCACAUGCUGCCCUACCCCGCCCACCUAGUGGCCCCGCCGGCCGUAUUCGAUGAGGAGGAAGCCCACGACGACCCUGAGAUGCAAGGCCUGACUGAGAGAGUCAGCAUUCUAUGAACUGGGGCUCCAUCACCAUUGGCCAUUGAAAGACUUGGGCCUAUUUUUGGAGCUACAGCCCAUCUACCCCAACAUUUUACCCACCCUUCUCUACCCCCAGCCCUGAAUCGCCCCUAUCUUUGUCCUCCUCCUCCACCCAUACGGACCAGCCUUAGCCUAUAGGCCAAGAGCAGAGGAACCACCAGUGUCCUUCACCCAUAAGCAGCCCACACUCCGCCCCUCUAGCAUGUCAUGUGACUUGGUUCCUAAAGUGUACUGAAGUGUAAGGCAUCCUGGGUCUGACCGGCGCCUCCAUCAGAGUGUGAACGUCACAUCUAUAGCAAUUCAGUGACUGGCAGUAUUUGCCAAUUUUUCUUUUCUGAAGGAAUGAAAAGGGUCAUUUAAAAUUUAUGCCCAAACUUGUCUCCUAUACAGAGAAUCGUGUUGAUCAAUGAUUUCCGAUAGAUGAAACCAACAACGGAAGGAUGUUCCUUUUAUAAGUAGCCGAACGAUUUUAAAGUGGGCUUAUAUAAAAGAGAGUAGGCGCCUAAUGAUAUUCGUCUGUGAAAUAUUUCAACAGGGUGACGAAUUGAGGAUGAACUGGGACUGUGAUUGUGUCACAUCCUAACUCUUUCAUAGCAUUUGCCCGUCCGAGGUGGAUCAUCACUGUUUGUAAGAGCAAACACUCUCUGGCGAGGUCUCAGGCCACCUGUGCUUAGCCAUUUGAAUAAUUUGCUCGCAAGCUGCACUGUCUACUUCUUCUUGUAUAAACACAUCACUAGAUUAAUCUCAGAUCAUACUCAUUAUUUUUACCCCUGUCAUUCUUACAAACAUUGCUGCAAUCUCGUGGCUUGUCUGACUAUAUCGAUUAUUUUUUUUACCAAAGAAAAAAACAAUACUCUAGCAGUUAUUUACUUUAAAUCAUGUUGGGCUGUAGAAAAGCAAGGUAUCCCGUGCUGACAGGAGCAGAGAUAUUCUUCUGUUGAGUCACGACACUUCUUUAAAUGAGACAUGGGCAGUUUUUCGCCUGGAUUUUGGAAAAAGGGCUGCAGUAGUCAUUUAGUACAGCAGAGGGCGAUAUGCCGUCAUUUAACGAAAUGAGAAUUUCAUGGACACAAACAUUCGGUUGAGGGACUAUUUUGGGGUCUGUAUGAAGUAGACUUUUUUUAAAAAAAAUGAUUAAUCUGUCAACAAUUUAAUUUCUCUUGUGAACUACAGUAGGUUACACAGUAACUAACCAUUAGUUAGUUUUUAUAUAGUAAACAUUUAAAUGUUCUAGCGCUGGUUGUAGUGUAUGUGCUUAUGCCUGUGUGGAACAUUCCAACAAGCACAAAUACAACAAUAACAUAACCUAAAAAUAUCUCCCUGUGUAUGAUUGCCAACCUGGUUUACAAAACCAAUAUAAAUAUAUUGCAACGAAUUUAUAAUUAAAUAUGAGUAUGGAUACUAGUUUUCAGAUAUCCCUUUAGAAAAAAUACAUGUAUAUACUUAUGUAAUUUAGUAACACAUUUCCGUCAGUGAAAGAGGCUCGUUGGCACACAAUCCUUCACAAGCCCAUGUCAUUUCGCUCAGCCAACUCCAGUUCCUCAGUCUGAACCGCAAAAAUGAUGUAUGAAUUGAAAAGUUGAAUUUGCGUAAUACCCCCUUGGUGUUGAUUACCUCACAGGGGGAGGCAUGUAGAGAGGAGUUUGUUUAUCUGAGCAGUCUGUUCCCUCCAAUCUCCCCCCCCCCCCCAAUGUGCACACAUGCAGACAUAUACAGAAUCAAUAAAAACCAGCUCAAUGCCUGUUUCCAUUA